UAGUUUUAAAUAGCUGAUAUGUUAAUGGUUUUAAAUUUGUGUAAUCGUUUGGUGUCCUUGGACCAGGUUUUUAUCAGAUUGAAGAGCCGUGUAGUAAACAAAUGAAUUUUAAUCUGGUGUGUGGUGUUUUCAAGGUUGGGAAAUAGAGGUGUGGAUUUAUAACCGUUAAGUGUGGGACAGGGAUAACAAUUAGAAUUUUUCAAUUGGAUUUAUUUAAGUGUGCAACGAAUGUGUAUUUCACAAAAGUUUAUGGCCGUUUAUUUUUCUUUCAUGUGUGGAUUUCUAUUUGUUGUUUAAAAGGCAAAUGGUUGUAUUAGAAUUUUAAUGGAUUAAAAAAUACAAUUCACAUGUUUUGAUAGUGAAACAUGUUUUUACGGAAUAACAUGUGAACAUUAUGGAUUUAUUUUUAUAUUCACGUGGGGUCGCCCAUGCUUACUGGUAACAUCAUCUUUCGAUUAAAAACUACUGUAAUUGUAUAUGGAAAUAGAAACGUAAAUACUUUAUUUGUUGAAACAAGUGCCUCAAUGAAAGACGAAGACGAGACAAAGAGAAUACAUAUUUUGAAGAGCUUGCCGAGUUAAUCUCGGCAAGUAUCACGGACAUGAGCUCCUUCUCGGUUAAGCCGGAAAAGUGUGCAAUACUACAGGAGAGCCUCAACCAAAUAAAACAGAUCAAAGAGGAGACUGGGAGCUCAGAAGCUGUACAGCAAAGUCAAGUCUCAUCAAGUAAACCUUCAGUAUUGGCUAACGAUGUUCUGGGACCACUUUUGUUAGAGGCAUUGGACGGAUUUUUGUUUGUUGUAAAUGGUCAAGGCAAAGUUGAAUUUGUAUCAGAAAAUGUUGAUUCAUAUCUUAAAUACACCCAGGAUGACCUUGUUGGCAAAAGUAUAUAUAAUAUUAUCCAUGUCGGAGAUCAUGCACAAUUUAGUGGCAGCCUUCUGCCUAUGUCAUUUGGUAGUGUAAUUUCUUGGCCAAACGAUACUGUAGCUAAAGGAAGAACUUUUAAUUGUCGUAUGCUUGUUAAACCACCAUGUGAAGAAAUUGAUGAUGUUGAAGUUAAACAAACCUAUGUUUCCCAAUAUGAAAACAUGCAAAUAUCUGCCUUACAACAACCUGGUGAAAAAUUCUCUGAAACUAGCGAAGGUUCAGUUGGACAAUCUUGUCUAGUGUGUAUUGCUAGACGACUUUCUAUAACAGAGAAGACUAAUACCAUGCUGGGCAUUGAACAGUUUACUACAAAACAAGAUACUAACGGAAAAAUACUCGCAUUUGAUACAAGUGGAAUAGCACCAGGAUCUCAAAGCUGUCCAGAUUUUAACGGACAAAACAUUCAAGAAUUUUGUCAUGUGAAUGAUGUUCAAAAUUUAGCCAAACAUUUCCAAGAAGUGUUAAAGACUGGAUCUAAUACAAGUAGUGUGUAUAGGUUCAAAUUUCAAGACAAUAGAUAUUUCUUUGUACAGACUAAGAGUAAAAUUUUCCGCAGUGACAAUUGUGAACAAGAUUUUAUUUUGUCCACACAUUCCAUUAUUCGUGAGUGCGACUCGGAAAAUGAACUCAAAGGCUCAGCUUCGACAAGUCUUAUGAAAUCUAUUAUAGGACAAUCGCAAGUUGCAGGAACUCGUAGCAACCAAAACUUGUCUGGAAUAUCGUCACAAAUGGCGGCACUAGAAACACUUGCAUACUCGCAGAGUUCAAUGAACCCUAACAUGGGGUUAAAUAGUGACUUACAUUCAAUGGAUGUGUUGAAUUCAAACAGUAACCAUGGAAAUUGGGAUUUAUUGCCUUCAGAUUUUGAGGCUGUUAUUGGAAGUACGAAUAUGAAUUUUAAUAAUUCAAACUCAUCGAGUAAUAGUGUUAACUCAUGGAGUGACAUGUCUCAAAUGAAACUCGCUCAACAACAGCAGCAGCAUCAACAACAACAACAACAGUUGUUAACGAGAACAAUGCUUGCGAUGAGUAAAACCAUUCGACCGGAAAUGUUGAAAUUUCAACGUGGAGGAUCAUUUGACUCAAGUAGUAAUAGUGGUCAGAAAAGUCCACGAUUUUCACCUAGUCCAGGACCAAGAAGUGCCCCGUUUCAGGUUCCAAGUCAGAGGAAUAUGAUGGGAUAUCCAAAUCAGCGUAGUCCAGGAAGUAGUGUAGGUGGCAUGAUGUCUAACAGGAUGUCACCAGGUAUGGGAUAUCCUCCACAACGGACACCACCUAUGUCCAGUCCAGUGAGUAUGACACCUUCUGGUUGGAACAGACUACAACAAAAUAUACAACAACAAAAUAUACACCAACAACGUGAAUUUCAAACACCAAACAGCUUGCCGCCACUUAGUUUGUCCAUGAUGUCACCAGGGCAACAAGGGGGCAUGAUGGGUAGGACUAGUGCUAAUCCGUCACCUUCACCUCGGAGUAGUUCCGAAUUUCUGUUUUCAAAUUCAAGUCAGUCCUCUGUUGAUAAAAGGACAAUACGAGGUGGUGGUAAAUUAAGUGAACUUUUGAGUCACAGCUCAUCUAGUGGUUCUCUGAUAAUUCGGACUAAUUCUAGAGAUAGUUUAUAUGAUCAGGACAGGACAGACAAUAAUAGUGUGUUAUCUCCCCUUGACAGUCAUCAAUCCCCACAACCGGGACCAGGAUCACUAAGUCCAACGGAAAAACCACAGAGUACAACGUCACAUGAUGAUAUUGAUAUGUUGCGGAAAGGGGACGGGAAAAAGGCACCAAAAAAUAUCAUAUUAAAACAAUUGCUCAGUCAAGAUGAGUCGUACGACGAUGAAAAGGACGAUAAAUCAGAAUCAGAUAUGAAUGAGGCGGAGGCCAAGAAACCAAAUGCCUUGUUAAAGCAAUUAUUAAGUGACCCUGGAGAGGAUAAAGAUAGAAAAGAAAAAGUAAAAGACAAGGGCCUACAAAAUGGAGAAUUACUUCAGUUUCUGUUAGCAGACGACAACAACUGUACUACCUCUGCACCUGCUGAAAGUACUAGUCAAGAUCAUGAUCUGUCCACUCGACAGCGCCACCAAUCAGCCCCUGAAGAACCCCAGUCGACUACAUCAACACCAUCUACCUCAAAGUCAAGUACACCUGUAUUGCCUCAUCUUCCACAGCGUCAACGCCACGCUUCAGUAGAACAGUCAACAUUUAACCGGCCAUCGUCUGUUGGCUUGGAAACAGUCAAAAGACCAACUGAUACCUCGAAUUUUAUCGUUGAUAAAAAUUUGGACAAUUUCUUGAAUUCACUAUGGGAGAAGGGAAACGAAACUAAUCAAAUUCAACCUCAAAAGAAACGAAAAUUAUCGUCAUCAGAAGUGGAUAGUACGGCAGAUCAAGAUCAAGCUAAUUACCCAAACAAGGAAGGCACGAAAUUAAUGAAAGAAAAUGCUUUGUUAGCAAAAUUGUUAUCAACAAAAGCUAAUAAAGAAAAAAUUGUAAAUACAGGCAUAUCUGGGAACGCUAACCCGUCAGCGACACCGCAGAGUAGACUAACGAAAGAUGUAUCACAGAAACUUCUAAGUGUUAAACCAAGUUUACCGUUACUUUCUAAAACACUGUCCGAUUCUAAAGUAGACUCGGGUUCAUCCAAUUCUAAUACAGAUUCAUUCUCCGUUGGAAAUAAAGAAAUGGGACAACUAAAAAACCUUAAUCAAACGUCCAGUCAGAACAAGAUGACGGACAUGUUGAACAGUUAUAAUUCCUCGUCCAAUAAUAUUGGACAAGAUGAUAACAGUCAGGACACGUAUGAUAGUUUACAACGAAUGUUGUUUGAUAGUCAGUCUGACAAUGUUAUGGAAUUUUCAGAAGUAUCUGAAUCUUCUGAUCCUCUGCUUAAUGAAAUUUUACAACAAGCUGAAGAUCUCAAGCAAGACUUGACUACGCCUAAAACACCAUCAUCAAGUAGAGGUCCCACCCCUGCAGUCAAUAAUGGACCAUUACAUGAAAAUGCUCCCCCAGUGUUAAGUGAUUUGGACUUACUAUCCCAGUUUGAACAGGUCCUUAAAGAGAAAAAUGCCUCUCUUGAUGAGAUUGAUCAACUUUUAGGAAUAAGUAAUCAAGCCAUGGGCCAAGCAAUGGGUCUAGUAAAGACUGGUGGUCCAAAUGAUAUGAUGGCAAUAGAAGAAAUUCAGAAGGAGUUGAUGCGUGACGAGCCUAUCCACUCCAAUGCCAUGCCCAAUCCUAUGAUUGCACGAGCAUUACAGGCACAGAGCAGUAUGAAUCGGCAGAGCUUCAUGCAGAGCAUGAGUGCCAUGAGUCAGAGUGCCAUGAGUCAGGUUCCUGGGAAUGGGAACAUGGAUAUGGGAUUCCAACAGAUCUCUCCCCCUAAUCCUCAACAGGGGUUCCAGCAACAACAACAACAAAGCUUUGGCCUACCUGGGCCACGCCUUCCUGGGCCUCCAGGGCCUUUAGCAAGUGCCUUGAGUAAUGGGAUGCAGCAGCGACCUGGCUUUCCAAACAGUAUGGCCAUGCAGGUACGGCAGUCCUUGCUCCAGCAACAGAAAUUGAAAGCUCAGCGGGAAAUGGAGAAAAGACGUCAAGCGGCAGAACAAGCCAGGAGACGAGCGCUGAUGCAGGCUCAACUGUCCAAUAAUUUUGGCUCAAGGUUUCAACCUAAUAUGGAUGGAAAUUCUAUGUCAGUACAGCCGUUCCCAGAAAAUCUGGCUGAAAUGAUGAACAGUGGCAAUGCCCCAAAUGUAUCAUUGCAGAGAAACCAAAGUAUACCAGGUCCAAUGUCACCACGAUUCAACCCCAACGUGAUGCCUCAAAACCAAGGAAUGAAUCCUCAAAUGAUCGGACCUUCUACUCCCAGCUCCCAAAUGUCGCCUCAUUUUAACCAGCAGUCACAGUGGAAUAUCCGUCAACAGGGAUUACAGAGUCCUAUGGGAAUGUCACAGGUUGAUCAAAUGACUUCACAGAUGAACAUGCAGAGACAUCGGUCAUUGUCUGGAGGGACUAACAACCAAUCAAGGUUCCAGUUCCCAGAGGGACAGUUCAACAACAAUAAUAAUAGUCAGAUGGGCAUGUUACAACAGCAAUCUUUAUACUCUGGUAGAAUGAUGCGACAGAUGAGCAUGCCAGGUCGUGGUUCUCCAAGAACGUCACAGAGUCCAUUUGGAAAUAGUCCAGACCCUAUGUUAAUGUCCCCUAACUCCAUAUCACCUAACAACUCUUUACGACAGUCAACGAGUCAGAUCAGUCCAUCUUAUAACCAAUCGUCAGGUGUGAUGUGUGUGCCAUCGUCGUCUGGAGGGAUGGGAGCUCCAUCGUCAUUAUCACCGGUGCAGAACAUGAAUCAAGGAAUUAAUUCAGUGGCGUCGUCAAAUAAUGGGUUCGGAGAUUAUGAGAUGCAGCUCGAUAUAGAAAAUAAAAUGAGCAUGAACAAAUCUGACUUUGUGAAGCAGGAGUUACGUAAUAUAUGUAACGCACGAUCGGAAAAACAAAUGCAGCAAAUUAAUCAACAUCACACAUCACAGUCCCUCUCUUUACAGUCACCCCAACAACAACCUUUAACCUCACCUCAUUCUCAACAGAACUUAACCUCACCACAUCCUCAGCAACAACCAAUGACAUCACCCCAGUUACCACCUUAUUCCCAACACCAACAACAACAUCAGCAUCAACAACAGCAGCAGUCGGUCACGUUAGAUUACGAAUCAGAAAUACCACUUGAUAUUUUAGACCAAAUAACUGAGAUGGCUAAAGACCAUGGUGUGAUGACUGGUACGGCUGGAGGUGGAUUAAAUUUAGAAGAUCUCAAAGAGGAGGAUGUCCUCAAGAGGAAAAGGGAGGAGGCAAAACAAGUUUAUGAAAAAUUCCAAGCUCUUGCCAAAGCUGAGGCCAGGAUGGAUCAAAAAGAGGAAUCAAAUGAUGUGAUACCAAGUACAAUAUUUAGGAAACAAUUAAUGACCCAAGUAAUGAACAGUCAGAAUCAGCCUCUAUUACAGAGGUCAACUAGUAUAGAUACCAAUCAGGUUCAAGUCGUUACUAAGGAGCCAAGGACAAGUGUUGAUGAUAUGAAACCUCCAGACCACAAAAACAGUUUACUACAACAAUUACUGUCCGAAUGACGACAGCUUUAAUUUAGACGCCAUUUUAUAUUAAAAUAAGUGCCAUCGACAUUACUGUAGGAUCAGAUAGACGGGUUAAUGUUAUACGAACUUUACAGGAAUAAUGACUGAUAAAAAUCAGCCUGUUUGUUAAUGUUAACGGCUGUUCUUGAAGUGACGUGUUAACUUUAAUUGAAUUUGUUAACAAAACGUCAGCAGAAAAUCUACUUCAAUGGAAAAUCAUUACAGGAAAAAAAAUGAAUUCAAUUUGAACAACCUGUAUUUUUUUCCGCUAAAGAUUGAUUAGACAAAUUGAAGUGCUAUUCGAAAUAAAAAGGUCACAGGAACCUAAAUGUGGAGAAACUGGGUUCGAGUGACCUAAAUUUGUGAUAUCAAUUUGUGAUGUGCACUCUUAAAUGACAAUUUAAGUGUACUUUACUAAGAGAAAAAAACAUCUGAGAAAAUGAUGUGAGAGGUUUGUGAUUAGGCCAGUUAUAUUUUAUAUGAAAUCUACCAAUAUGGUUGCUCUUGUAAAUUGUCCAAUACCGUAUUUGGUGGAUAAAUGGAUUUUUUAUAAACAAUACUACAAAACAGUGAUAUUAUAACUUGUAGUGAAAAAAUAUUAUAACUUGUAGUGAAAUAUAUUUGUUUAUGUUUGUUAGAAUGGAUUUAUAUUCAACAGAAACCAGACUUUUUCGUGUACAGAUCGAAAGACGGAUGAUUUUUCAAUGCUGUAUAGGUUUUAAUUGGGUUGCACAAAGUGCCUACAAAGGAUUAACCCAGGGACAUUUUAUUAUUAGCGCUAGAUGACUAUUUUCGUAUUAGGAAAGUUUUCUCAUAGAUUUAAACUCUAUAUUGCAUGUAUAGAGGACUAUAUAGACAGACUUUGUUUUUGUUACUCGUUUAAGUUUUAUGUUUAAGACGAUGUUAAUAACUUUAGAGUAGUGAUAAAUAGAGCAAAACGUUCUGGUGAUCUCAUUAUAGUUAAACUAUUUUACUGCUCAAAUUAUUUACGCAUGUUGAUUGCCUUUAAGUCGGGAAAUGACGAUUUUUAAACCAUAAUUCUGGUCAUUUAGUAUCAGAUUCAGGGAUUUUUCAAUAGAAGGAUUGGAUUAGUUUAAAAUGAACACAUAUUUGUGAUGGUAUGAAUAUUUGUCAGCCGUAUGCCAGUAUAUCUGACUAUAAAUAGGGCCGAUUUUGAACCUGGCAGCUUUUAUGGAGUUUAAAACUUAAUGAAGGUCAAAGUGCACGGGACAGGAAAGGAAUUCAUUCGUUUCAUUUUUGGGGAUAUAGCAGAAAGGAUUGUAGAAGUCAGAAAAGUUGAAUCAAAGAAAAUAAAAGUUCAGCGGAAAAAAGGAGAAUUUUGAUAAAUGUGUAAAUCAAAAUGGUAAAAAUGAUACAACGAAAAGCUGGAGACAAUAAAUUACAAACACGGGUAAUAUGUCAUAGUCCCAUAAUGGAAACUACAGUUGUGUAACCAUGGUUACGAUACAAAGUGAAAGUAUUUUGCUUCGUCACUUAACAUCAAUGUUGUGGACUAUAAAUUUGUAAAGGGCAUAAUGUAAAUGAUUUAAUAUGUAUAUGAUAGAGGUUAGGAAAUUUUCAGUCAAGGUCAUAGAAGUGAUUCAAGGUCAAAGAGCAAAAACAUCUAAAUUAUCAAAAAGAUAUAUUGAAUAUAACUUUUAAUGUUAUUCGAUUUUACUAUUGUACAAGGGAGAUAAUUCUCCUGUUACUAUUGACCUUGACCUCUGUGAUGACUUGUUUGGUCAUGAUUAUUCACAUUUGCACAUAUAACAUAAAGUAUUGUACACAUAUUCAGUGAUAAAUUACAUAUAAAUGAAAUAUUUAUCAUGUGUUAUUAAUUACUUUGUAUAUAUAAUGUACAUAAAUAUUAACUGUAUAUACAAAAUAUACACAAAUAACUGUUAUCAUGUAAUAUGUAAAGUAUAUUUUUGUUGGAUUUAAUCAUCAAUAUGUUGUGCUAAAAAAUUGUCAGUAUAAAAACUUUGUCCAGUUUAGAAAAAAUAUUAGGCUGAAUUCAAUUUACUCUUUCGUAAAGUUAUCCAAAAUCGAAAAAAAAUUCUUGUGUCCGAUAAUUGUUUGUUAAACAAAAUAUAGUGCUUUUAUGAUCUUUUAAGAUAAAUAGGAAAAAUACAGUUUUGGGACAAAUUUUUUAUACCUGACAGUCUCAUUGUAAAUAUCAAUUUGGAGCCAUUCCACUAAAAUGGAGACAAAACUUUUGAACAUAAGGCCAUUCACAAUUAUUGUAAUGUUGAGUUGUCUAAUUCUCUUUCCUUCUUUUACACCAAUUUCUUUUGAGUACUCAGUAGGGUUGCAAAUAUUUCUCUGUCUAAACUUCAAAUGUUUAAAAGGAUUGAAAUUAAAAAGUAUUAGCGAAAAUAAUUAUAUGUUGGUAUACAGAAAUUGACUGGCAAACAUGUACUGUGGAUUCAUUUAUUUUCGUGGAUACCAAUUUUCGUGGAUUGAGGAAAACUUAUAUGUUCGUUGAUAUUUAAUUUUGUGGUUUUGGAGAAAUCUGCAUACAAGCCUAUAGAAAAUUUGGUAUUCGUUGAACAUUUAAUUUCGUGGUUCAUCUGUUCCCACGAAAUCCACAAAAAAUUGAUGUCCAACGAAUAAUAAUGAAUCCACAGUAAAUUGUUUUGACAAGUUGUUGUGAGCAAAUGUUUCUUUAACCUCUCACUCUUUCAAGCAAGUGCUUUCUCCUUGCCAUUGUUAUUUUGUUUGGUAAAGAUUGCAUUCAUAGCAUUGUUUUGGUAGCUUAUUUUUUAGACCCCAUCAGUACUUGUUAUGGUACAAAAAAACCAUAGUGCUUUGAAGUGAACGUUCUUGACAUUUUAUCCGUGUAAAUUUUAAUUACUUUAUCAAUGAAAUAUAUACUUAGGUAUCAAGUUACAAAAAAUGUGUACUAGUAUUAGUAUAAUCAUACCUGUCAUGAAAACUAUUUAAUUGAGGAUUUCCACAAGGGACUUUAUCUGUUCUAAAAAUGGCCAUGGCAGGUUAUAUUAACAGCAGAGUUAUCUUUCUUUGUUUAUAAUUGAGGUAAACCAACUAUAGACAGUCAUGGUAAACCCACUUCAAAAUAUAGUUAUUUUGCUAAAAAAUUGCAAAUUUAAAACUUUUUAGUUUACACUACAAAAUGAAUGCAAUCUUUACCCACAGUGCUAACCAGCACUUUGAUUUCUAAACAAAUGUGAUUAUUGUUAACACGGGUAAGCCAUUUAAAAAAAUAAAUGCUCAAUUUUUUCUCUUUAACCCUCUAACCUUUAAUAGUGAGGAAAUAGACAUAAAAGUUACAGAUUUCUGUGUGCGUAAUACCAUGAUGAGGCUAUCUUGAGACCAAUAACAAUGUUGCAGGCAUUUUCUAAAGUAGAAACAAAUAAUUCUUGAAAGAUUCAAAUUACACAGAUUAUUUAGUAAGAAAAUUUUGUAAUUAAUUUCUAGAAUUAAAACAAAGGUAUUCUGUAAAAUGUGAACAAUUUUCCAUUUCAGAAUCUAAUGGAUUAUGGGUAAUUUUUAUGUCAAAUACCAAAAUGAAAUCACAGUACUGGUUGAUAUUCUAUGUUUUGAAUAUUGUUAGCCAAUCACAAUCUUUUGGUGUACCUUAUCAAAAAUAUUACCCAGAAUGCAUUAGAUUCUGAACAGGCCAACUGAUGCCUCAUUGUGGUGUCAGGAAAGCGAUAUAAAGUGCUAUCUUCUGUUAAGUUUGUUGUUAAUGAAAGUUUUAUUACUGUUUUAUUUUCUCUGUCAAUUGUACUAAAUCUCAUAAUAAGUUCUUAUGCAUGAAAAAGAGAUCUUUUAAAACACACACUCAAGGCGUGAUAGAGUAGUUAUUGAUGAAUGAAACCAAGAUGAAAAGAGGAAAGUAUCUUGAACACAAAUGAUAAGCAAUGUGUUGUGUACUGCCUAUUAGUAUUAUUUGAAUCAAUUCUUGUAAUUAGUUUAACACAUUAUGUAACAAUUUUUAAGAUUUUUGUUGAUUAUAAGUAAAAAUAUUGGUUAAGGAGUUAUUACAGAUUAAAAAUGAAGUUAUCUAUCUUACAUGAUGGAGUUAUCUUCCUUACUUGAUGAAUACAAGGUUGUAAUGGUUUUGUUGAUUAUUGUAAUUUUUAUUGCCUUUUUAUUAUAAACAGUGGUCCUCAAAUGAAUUCACAAUCCCUAUGAAUGUCCUCAAUCUGGUCACCAUCACCAAUCAACAUUAUGAAACCAGUAAUCCUUAUUUCUGUCAGAGUUUUGAUUAUCUCCCCUCAUUUAUUUGUUUUUUAUUCUCAUGAGAAUAUGAAAUUUCUCUUCAAUUUUUAGGAAACUAAACUUGAAAUAUACGUCAGGGAACAUACAUUUUAAUUCAUAAUUUGUAAUGCUCUUGCUGUUGAGUCCUGUCACAAACUCAUGAUUUUUCAUUGAAAAAAUAAAUGAUUUAAAUGAAAUCUAAGACUAUUUUCUGUGAUAUCUCAAUCUCUUUAAGAACUUAAACAUUUACCAUCAAUCUAUGCUGAUUGACUAAGCAUUGAUAAAUAUAAAUUUGCAUGCGGAAUAAUUGAUAUUCAUUUAAUUUUGUGACACUGUAUUUUUAACUACUUUGUUACAAAUGCUAGGAAGUAAAUAAAAUUCUUCAAGAGUUUUAACUACAAAGCUGUGAUUUUACUAUUCUUAUUAACAGGAUUGUAAAUAUGUUUUUUAAACUUUAAAAGUGGUAUAAUCUGUGGUUUUACUUUUAUAAAACAUGAUAUUUUUUUUUGCAUUUUAAUUACAAACCUACUAAAUUUAAUCUAUAAUAUUUUUUUUAAUUUUUUGAUUAUCUAAAAGAUUGUUUUAUUGAUAUGAAAAUUUAAAAUAGCAAAAGUUAAACAAAUGAUUUGUUUGCUCAACAGUUUAACUGUUUUAAAAUAUAAGCCAAUCUUGCAAUAGACUGGUUUUCUAAUGGACUGGUUCCCUAACAAUAUGAUUUUAUUGUGGACUAUUUCCUAAGGAUAGGUCUUUUCAUUUGUGUUAUUAUUUUGUUACUUACAAAUAAUUUUGUACAGAAUGAUGCUAUUUCUUUGUUAAACAUGUUAAUGUUAACAGUUAUCUUACUGACCUUGACAUUAACAAUAUGUUAAUGUGAUGACCUUGACAUUUGUUAAUGUGGUAACCUUGACACUAUUAUCUGUUGGUUUAUUUGUUUUUCAUCAUUGGUAAGACUGUGUUAAUACAGUUAUAAUCAUCCUCCUAGUUAAUGGAAUCAGGAAAAAAUAACAUUAAAAUCAACUUGAUAAUAUA